AUGUCCAUUCCUACCUCCACCAGUAAUCCAGGGUAUAUUUAUACUCCGACCUACCUCCCCACUGCGCCUGGCACACUUACAGGCUGUACCUCAUAUCGGAACUAUACAGGCCCGACGGCCCUGAUUUUUGACACCACAACUUUCAACACUACGCUCGAUGUCGACUACACGAUUCUCAACGUCUGUGCUAUGGUCGCGAUGCUCUAUCAAGUUACGGUUGACCAGCUGAUAGAGUGGAACCCAAGUCUUUCAAAUGACACGAGCACCUGCGCCUUACAACCUGGCUAUAGCUACUGUGUCUUGGAGAGCGCGGAUUCCAAAACCACAGACGACGAUGACGGCACCUACUGCCUAUCUAUCAACGCCACGGAGCCCACUACUGUGUCAAACUGUAACUGUUUUACCGAGGUAGCUGGCUAUAUGAUUGAUGAUUAUACAUGUGCGGAUAUUGAAGAAGACGUGGACGUCACAGAAGCCGAAUUGCUGGCAUGGAAUCCCUGGCUCGCUGGUGAUUGUGAUACCCAGCUUUACUUAAACCUCAAUGAGAAUGAUGUGCGCUCAGUGUGUAUUGGGACCGAUACUAAUGCAGCGACUAUAUCUACGUCGAGCACCUCAGCAGCUCCAACUCCAACCGAUACUAUUUCAGACUGCCAGUAA